AUGAAGAACACUUUCAAAGACCCAGAUCACAACAAUCUUCACUCAUCCAUAACCUUCUCAAAGCUAAUAACCUUCUUCUUCCUCCUAAUCUCAAUCUCAUACCUUUUCUACUCUCUCAGAUUCGUUACGCAUAGCUACGAUUGUGGUAACAACCAAACUCACCAAAACCCCGAAAUCAUACCCAUUAUCCAUAAUAGCCACACAAAUUUCCAACCACAAACACAAAACCCAUUUCAAGAGCUAGAAACACCUACCAACAUCUCUCACAUAGUGUUCGGAAUCGGCGCAUCAGCGAAACUAUGGAAAAAGAGAAAAGAGUACAUCAAGCUCUGGUACAAACCAAACCAAAUGCGCGGCAUUGUUUGGCUAGAACAAAAAGUGAAACCAGAUCCCAAAGACAAAGACCUCUUACCCGUCCUGAAGAUCUCCGAAGACACAGCGAAUUUCAAGUACAAAAACUCCAAGGGUCAUAGGUCAGCUAUAAGGAUAUAUCAAGGAUUGUGUCGGAGACGGUGCGGGUCGGGAUGA